AUGGUUUCCCAGGAGGGAUGGGGUGAGACUCCCAACUCCCCGCGGUCGCCCAGCCGACCGCCUAGUGUCCGCCGCCGUCGCAGCAUGCAACACCUAAAUGAACUCGAAUCCCGCCUUGAUCAACUGAUUUCCGAGAAUCGAUUACUCGCUGCCGCUCGCGAUGAAGCUGAGGAUAGAUUGCGCAAUGCCAGUGUCGCCCGCCGAAAGAGCGACCAGGCCCUCAACCUCAAGGGUGGCGACCUGCGGGACAAGGAAGCCGAGGUGGAACAACUCAAGACCUCGGUGGAUUGGCUACAGAAGGAAAUGGCGCGGUUGACCCAGGAGAAUGAGAGCUUGACUGCAUCUAAUGCUGCCCUCGCUGCCGCCCAUGCUGAAGAGGUCACCCGUAUGGAAUCUCGCGUGCGACACGAGAUUGAAUCGGCGUUGGCCCAGAAAGAUGCCGAACUACGUCGUCUGCGCCAAGAGCUCGAGGCCGCUCGCGACAAGGUGCAAGAACUCCAGCAACAAAUUUCGGCAUCCGUCAACGACAACGUUCUUGUCCUCCACGAUGAAGACUACUUCGACGCCGCGUGCCAGAAACUCUGCGGCCAUGUCCAACAAUGGGUUUUGCGCUUUUCCAAGUACUCCGAUAAUCUUCGCUGCCGUUCCCUCAGUGAAGUGAAUGACGAGAAAAUCUCGGAUCGCUACGACAAUGCCCUUCUGGAUGGUUCCGAUUCCGAGGCAUACCUGGCCGACCGCGUGCGCCGUCGUGACGUCUUCAUGUCAGUAGUCAUGACCAUGGUAUGGGAAUACAUCUUUACUCGAUACCUCUUCGGUAUGGACCGAGAGCAGCGUCAGAAAUUGAAGUCCUUGGAGAAACAGCUAGCGGAGGUUGGCCCCAAACGCGCCGUCAACCGAUGGCGUGCUACCACCUUGACUCUGCUGUCUCGCCGCCCAGCCUUUGCUGCUCAACGCCAAAAUGACACCGAAGCCGUAGCUUUGGAAAUCUUCGACACCUUAUCACGUGUCCUUCCACCUCCGUCUAACAAAGAGGCGCAGCUGCUCGAAUCUCUCCGCAAGGUGCUACGUAUCGCUGUCAAUCUCUCUCUGGAGAUGCGAACUCAGUUGGCGGAGUUCAUCAUGCUCCCGCCCCUCCAGCCCGAAUACGACACCAAUGGAGACCUUGCCCGCCAAGUGUACUUCAAUGCAUCGCUGAUGAAUGAACGCAGCGGUGAAACUACCUCCAACGAGGAGUUGGAGGCGCAACAGGCUGUGGUCCGCAUUGUACUCUUUCCUCUUGUUGUCAAGAAGGGCGACGAUGUGGGCGAGGGCGACGAAGAGGAAGUCGUCUGCCCCGCUCAAGUCCUCGUUGCUCGCCCUGGCAAAGACAAAAAAAUUUCUCGCAUGAUGAGCGGCGACCGUAUGUCCUUUGAUGCCAGCAAAUCCGUUCACAGCGUGGCUCCUUCAACAUUCACCAUGGACAUGGGUAGUAAUCCGAUCUGA